AUGUUCGGGGACGUGUACAACAAUCGCAGCCAUUCGCUGCCGGACAGCCCCGCGGGUGGCGAGCCCUCGCCUUUGCUGACUCGUCUCCUCAUUCCCGGCGAGCAGGACGCCGAGGACGGUUCGGGUUCAGCCGCGAGGACGACGACGCGCGAUGGGCACGGCGAGCCGCCGCCGUCGUCGUCAGGAGCGGAUAUCGACAUCCGAAGGUCGCCGGCGGGCGUCGAGUCGGAGUCGUCGCGCCGUCCCCUGCUCGGAGGAGGCGACUCGCCUCGCGGCGUCGACCCCGCGUCGCGUCCCCUCCAUCGCGACGCGCCGCUCCCGUCGACGUCAUCCACCGACAGGAUCUACGCGUUCGAUCCGUGGACCAAGGUCCCCGUCAUCCUCCGCAGGCGCCCAUCCCACGACCACGACGACGACGACGACGACGACCGCGCCCGCCCGCCUCGCGUCCUCGUCCUCAGGUGGUGCUGGCUACCGGAAGAUCCCAGCUGGUGGGUCGCGUUCUGCUACCUCGUCGGGUCCGUCGGCUUCGCCACGGGCGCGCUCGCCUCGUGCUUCGAACGCGUCGUCGACUCUCCCCACGCGUACCUCGCGCUCGAGGUGACGCCCUACGUCCUCGGGGGCUGCGCGUUUUUGGCGGCGUCGGUGCUCCUCGUGUUCACGUCGUACGAGGCUCGAUACGGCGAACCCGGGAGGGCGGAUCGGAGACGGGUGGCGACGCGACACGCGUUCUUGGGGCACGCGGGACGCGAGUGGCAGCUCCGCGCGGCGGUGGGGGAGGCGCGCGGGGUGGUCGGGUCGGUCGGGGUACACGCGCCGGUGACGGACGCGGACAGGUCCGAGAUGCACACGCUCACGGCGGCCAUGGCGGAGGCGCGAGCGCUGUGGCUCGCGAACGACAGCUGGACGCGGCGACGCCGAGCGCUGGAGCUCGUCGGUUCGCUCGUCAUGUUGCUCGGCGUCUGCUUGUACAAGGUGAUGGUGUUCACCAUGCUGGCGAGGGCGUUGUUGGGGGACGAGCGCAUCGGGGGUUGGAGCGAGCGUAAGGAGAAUUGGUUGAUGUUCUACCCGUGCGUGGUUGGAUCGGUGGCUUUCGUGGCGAGCUCCUACGUCCUGUGGUGCGCCGCGAACCGUUCGUGGCGUCCCCCGUGGUUCCCCUCGUCCACGAGCACGUGGAUCGCCUACCUCUCGCUCGUCGGCUCGUGGUGUUGGGUGUUGGGUUCGGCCAGGGUGUCGCGGGGGUUCGGGGAGCGGACGGCUAAGUGGGUUCCGGGAUCGGCUCCGGGUUGGCCGAUUCCGUUUUUUGGUUUUUUCGUCGGCAGCCUCCUGUUCACGGCGCAGUCGCUGCUGAUGGUGCACGAGAUCGCCGAGAACGAGGAGGAGAACGCGCGGGGUCGGGGUGCGGCGGACGCGGAGGUCGGGGACGUGCGCGCGGGAGGGAGAAAUAGACGAUGAAUCGAUCGAGUUAGUCAACACCGUUUGUGGUGAAAAGUGUCUGAAAAGUAUGUCGCU